UCUCAUUAACCACCCACAAAAAAAAAAAAAAAUGAGAAGGAAGACGUUAAAAAGGAUGUGCCAUCUGCAGCUGCUCAUCCUUCUCGCCUCCGUGGCCACGGCCACCGCCGCCGGCGCCGGCGUUCACGCCGGCACAGCGUCGUACUACGGCUCUCCGUAUCUACCGACGGUGUGCAACGGAGAUGAUCCAUCCCAGCUUCCUUCGAACGGCAUGUUCGCGGCGGCGGGCGACGAGCUAUGGGACAACGGCGCCGCCUGUGGUCGGGAAUAUACGGUGCGCUGCGUCAGCUUGUCGCGGUCUAUCCCUGGAAACUGCACGGACGAUGAUCCGAUCAGGGUCAAGAUCAUCGACUGGGCACGCUCGUCGAAAUCCGCAGCGGCGGCGUCGGCGUCCAAGCAGGCCGGCGAGGAGGGCGGCGCCGCAUUGGUCCUGUCCGAGAGAGCGUUUAAAUCGAUCGCUAAGCCGUUCGCGGAUUCGAUCGGUGUCGAAUAUCAAGCGUAAGGGAACAAUUCUUCCUCUUCUUUUUGAUCAGACGCCCUAUUCAAAUUGAAUUGCGCGAUGAUGUUGGGGGUGUGCGCGGCGGAGGUGAGGGGGAGGGGUUGAUGACGGUGGUGCUACGGUGGUUUUUGUUUUUUUUUUGGGGUCGCUUUCGCUUACAGUGGCGUUUGAGGGGGUUGGGUUUUUUCUGGUGUGGCUGCGGUGCA